AUGCGACCAAUAGGAAAAAAAGAAGCUUUAAAAAACCAGGAAGAGAGGGAGCACCGGGGAUCUAAAGGUAAGGGUAGAGGAGACCGAUAUCAAAGGAAUGAUAAGGCGGACGCGCGGUAUGACAGACACCGAAACACCUAUUCAAGGAACGAGCCUUCGAAACCUCGAUCCGACUACCCCAACCUGAGCAAGACACCGGCAGAAAUCUUAGCUUCGGAGAAUCUCAAGUUCAAUCCUCCAAAGCCGCUGAAAGAUAAUCCCAACAAAGACACAAGUAAAUACUGUGAAUACCACAAGGGGAGCGGUCAUGACACUAACGACUGUUUUCAGCUAAAAUUGCAGAUCGAAUAUUUCGUAAAGGCGGGAAAAUUGGCACACCUAGUAAGAGAUAUCAAGCAGGGCCCACCCGUCGUCAAGGAAGAAAACGAUAAGGCGGCGGGUAAGAGACCGCGGGAAUUGAAUAUGGUACACGCGGAUAAGGGAAAAGGGGUAAAACGGAGUUUCUCCACGCUCGAACCCUGGAUGCUAGCGACAAUGACUAUCGAACCUCGCAUGGAGGAUUUACACCUCACAACCGAUGCCCUAAUUAUAUCCGCUGCAGUAGGAGAUUACCGCAUGAGGCGAAUCCUGGUCGACACCGGGAGCUCAAAAGACAUUAUCUAUGAGCAUUGUUUCAAUAGAAUGCAACCAGAAGAUAGAAAACUGCUCGAAUCAGUGCAUGCCCCCAUUAAAGGAUUCACAGGCGAAAAAGUUGACCCUAUUGGUCAGAUCACCUUCCCGCUUACAUUUGGACAAGAACCCAGAGAAAGAACCAUACUCCUAACUUUCCUUGUGGUACGCGCUGAGUCAUACCACAAUGUGAUUAUUGGAAGAUUCACUCUGGGGAAGUUGGACGCUAUAGUUUCUACAGCGCGAGGAUUCAUGAAGUUCCCUACCCCGCGAGGCAUUGCAACAGUAUGCCGUGACAAACUAGGGGAGGUACUAAACGCCAAAAGAUGUCGGCAAGGCCCCACCGGAGCCAUUGGUCCGGAAAGGUGGGUACUAAGCACGCCACCCAGAUCUGACGGUUAUAAUCGGAGACAGCCUGUCUCCCGAAGUUAA